AUGUGUGUAUUCAUGCGAUAUAGUGUUAGAGAGAGAUAUAUUGAUGCUGAAACUUGGACUUGUAAGCAUCGAAAACUCUGAGUUCAACAGUCGCAUGCACGCUAUAUUUCUGAUCCUGAUUUUAUUGGUUAUUUUAUGCGCUGGUAAUGUCUACGAAGCAUCAAGUCAGAAAGAGCGUCGGUGUUACACUUCGGUGGACUACCAGAUAAAUAACCAGCUAAAUGCUGAAGAAGUUUCACUAGUCGAAUUGGUGAAAAUAAAUAGUACUAGUUACAUUGAAACUUCAACCUUGCAUGACCGGAAUAAACUGGCUGCCUCCCAGCAAACUUUAAUGACAGAAAAGACCCAUGCUGAACAAAAAGAAGAGACCUCAAAAAAUGACUCGACUAGAGGAGAUUUAGGUUGGAUCCCUUAUUUUUAUAUUUACGAUCACCUUAUGAAAUCUUGUCAAUGGCUCGCAGUUAUUCUGUUCAUUUUGUGGAUGGCUAUAUUAUUUUCUCUACUUAUGGUUUCCACCGACGAUUUUUUCUUGCCUAAUUUGAUUUUUAUAUCUGAUAAAUUGGGCUUGCGUCCUGAAGUAGCCGGGCUAACUAUCUUGGCCUUUGGAAAUGGCGCUUCUGAUUUCAUUACAAAUAGCGUCUGCAUUUUGAACGGAUCCCCUUCAAUAGCUUUUGGUUCUAUCAUUGGAACAGGAUUGUUCAUCACAACUUUCGUCGCAGGAUGCAUUACUUUGGCAGUUAAAAAGAUACAAAUCAGGCCUGUGUCGUUCUUUAGAGACAUCCUAUUCUACCUAGCCAGUUUAAGCGUUUUGUUCGUCUCUAUACUCACUGGUAAAACGUGGAUCUAUCAGCCGAUCGCGCUUCUGAUAUUGUAUAUCACAUACGCUGUUUGUGCUAUAUCACAUAACUUCAACCUGACCAGGUAUUUUUCAGAUACGCAACAACCAGAGGAAGCACAAGAUGUUUCCGGCAUGUGGCUGUUAGAACAGGCGCAAAGUGUUCCUGGCACAGGGCAGUUAAAUCAGAUGCAAGGCGUCCAUGAUAUACAACAGUGCGAACAAAGCGAAGAUGAAAAAAAUGAAGACACCCUGUUAUCUACGAGAGGUGUAUUGUCAAACAACCAACUUCAACGCCGCCUGUCAAGUUCCCUGACAAACGAAGAAAAAACCUCACCUCUUCUGAAAACAUCCUUUUUUGACAUUUCUGGCGUUCAGAACCUUUCAGCGACUUUUCCUGAUGUGAACUGUUUAAGCAAAAGCAUCGAUUUCAGCCCGAUCUUUGAUAGAUACGAACCAACAAUGUACAAAGAUAUUCAUGCCGACAAAUUAUUUGAAUCUGACAGAUAUAAGGACGACAAUCUAAGUAAUUCAGAAAGCACCGUUCUCAUCAGCAGCAAUGAAAAAAAAAAUCUAUUAAUGAGUCUGGAUGAAGGGGAUAUUGAUGGUGCAUUAAACUCAUCCAACAAUCAACAGAAUGUAGACAAUGCGUCCCAAUAUGAACUGCAUCUUUCUCUGGAACCAGAAACCGCUCUUACGCGUCAAAUUGACAACCUAUCCUCUUCAGAUCUCCCUCGAAUUUCCCUAUAUUCAAUCAGUGCUCAAAUUGAGAAAAAAAAAAUAUAUCAUUAUCUUUCAGAUGGUUUAAAGUUGAGCUAUAUUUUUCGAGUAUUUAGAGUCGUCUACUGGAUUUUCAGGCUUCCGCUCUAUCUGAUAAUUACCACCCCAAAAUGGAACCAAUUUACUGCUAUUACUAGUGUUAUCCUUUUCUGGCCAACUUUCUUUCUCGCCAUCGACGAAUUAAACAUCACGUUCUGGCACAUUCCACUCUUUGUCAUCCUAAUGCUCAUCUCUUGUAUUCCCGCGCUUUUUAUUUAUUUCACUUCAUCCAAGUGUACCCCACCAAGCUAUCAGCCUAUCUUCAAUUAUGUCGCAUUCAUCACCUGCCUAGUCGUUAUGUACAUCAUAGGCGAAGAACUAAUUGCGCUCAUCAAAACACUCGGAAUCCUGUUCAAAAUUCCUGAAUUCAUUUUGGGUGCAACCUUCGUCACUUUUGGCAACUCAAUAGUUGAUAUAAUCGUCAACACCUCUUUAGCAAAAGAGGGAAAAUCGGAAAUUGCAUUUGCUGCAGUUUAUGGCGGGCCAAUGUUCAGCUUGGCUUGUGGAUUUGGACUCAUCCUGUUAGUCGUGACCAUCCAAACGUUUCCAAUUCCGUACCAGGUCAAUCUUGAGAACUCAAUAUUCCUAAAAAACAUAGGCUUCCUUUUUGGGAAUAUCAUCAUCACCGCCAUCUUCUGUAGCGCCCUAUUCCGUUUUCAAUUAACAAAAAAAAUGUGUCUGUUUUGGUGGUCCUAUUACUUCAUUUAUUUGAUCCUCUCUAUCGUCCAGAGAGGCUAAAAAAUAUCCUACGCUCAGGGUGUACAAAUGUAGACAGACCUAUACUUUUUAUUUUUCUGGUAUUCCUGACAGUUAAGCCGGACUCUGCGCAUUCAAAUGUAAUCCUAACAGCAGCAUCCGUCUCUGACCUGUCCUACUUAGUCAUAAUGUGCAAAACGCAAACACACGACGUACAUUGACCUUCCCUUUAUAAUAUCCCAAAUUUCUUGACAGCAUCAGCAUAUCCUCUCUUUGGCCAAACAAUGCAGGGCGAAGGUUAUGACUAGCAAAACGUGAUACCAGGUGAGCGUUGUAAAACCCUCCUAAAACCGCCAAUUAACAUCGCUUUGUUGAGAAACUUAACAAUCAAUUUAACAGUCAAAGAAACUCGACCCUACUAUAUACUAUACUAUACGCAAAAGUAUCUUUAUUAAAAAGCCAGUAUGACUUCUUCAAGCGACGAACAGUCUGAACGCGCCGCAAAACUAUAUUUAACAUAUUUUCAAACUCCUUCAACCUCUUUGAAGAAUUGUAUCAACAGAACAAUAUUGACAUCUUCUUGUCGGAAUCCUUGAAGGUAAGCUGAAUCUGAUAAUCUAAUUUGAUAACAAAUCAAACAAUCAAAGCUGAGCUUCGAAAUUCGUUAUUUGAGACUUGUUCUUUGGUGCACAUUCUGCUGGUGCAUCGGUGGACAACAACUUUUUGUAGCCAGCGACAAAAAGAUUGAGUUCUGAACAAAAAGCAUAGCUUACUGUUUUAGCUAGGCUACAAGUACUCAUUUUAGCAUAGCAUAGGUUAUGAAUUUGAUAUUAAAGGACAGUACAGUAUGAGCUUUUCAACGUUAAUCUUCCUUGGCAACGCUCAAACAGUUUUUUGAUCAAAAACUGACCUAGCAAUGGCAAAAAAACUCUUCUUGCAUACAUUCUCUUGAUUAGGUGGUAAAUUUUUUUGGCUUUGACAUGUUACUUUGUAAUAUAAACACCUAUCUCUAGAUUGCAUGUUCCUAGACUCAGUUUCGCGCGUGAUGGCCAAUUGUAUAUGCCUUAUGCUUUUAUUUAGGAUUGGAAUAGACGGUGACUGAAAGAAGUUAUCAACUGACCUUUGGCACCACCUGUUACAUUCAUCAAUUACAGUUGACACAUGCAGCCUUGAUAGAAAGAGAAUCGCAGGCGAGUUCACAACGUUUGUCUGUCGGCAAAUAUUAGAGACUGUUUUGAGUCCAUCUUCAAAUACAGUUCGUCAAUUUAACGAAGAUUAGGAGAACGCCAACCAUCUUUACAGAUGAAAGUCAAGUUCUGUUAUGGAUACAGAUAAACGCGAUAGAAGAGACGGUCUCUAGAAUCCUGACAAAGUCCCUGGUACAUGUUGAACACCUUCUUAUAGGAAUUUUGACUCUAUCUGAAAGAUUCAUGAAACUUUUUGCCAGCUAUUCAACAUACUCUAAAAUGUAUUUACGAAAAAAUGAAGAAUUUCAAGCCAUGUCUAUCAUGUUAAUAUGGGCAAAUGUAAUUAAAAGCAAGGCAGCGUUGAGAGACCGAGAUCGUAACAGCAAUCUGAAUAAAAGCAUUGCGUUGCAGUGCGUUUAAAGAGCUGUCAUUAGUCUCCAAGCAGUUGAAGAGAUAUAGCUCACAGUUCCAAA